CUAGUUUCUUAGGUUUUCUUUUGUGUCUCUAAAAUUCCUAAGGAAAUUUUUUGAUAAAUAUUGCCACUAAUAACUUUAGCGGCUACAAGUUGUCCUAAGACGUCGCCGCUAUUACUUUUCGUAGUUUUACUAAAAGACUACCUAAUAUUUAAGGUAUACACUCAUCCGUAUCAAAGACCGUAUAUCUCACAGUGGAAGUGGUGUAUGAAUCUUUGUUAAAAUUUCCAUGUCAUGUAGAAAAACACGAGCGACAUCCAUUAUAUAAGUGCAUGCCUCAUGCAUCAGUUGUUCAUGUACUACCAUUAGAGAGGACAACUAGCUAGCUAGUGCUCGCAAGAAAAAGAGAUGGCUAUAACAGGAACAAUAACACGUGAUGUUGAAAUCAAAUGUCAUCGUCACCAGGUCUUUGAACUCUUCAAGCAUAGGCCACACGACACCUCAGUCAUCGACCCUGAAACGAUUGAAGCUUGUCAUUUAAUUUCUGGUCAAUGGGGUGUUCCUGGAGCUGUCGUUCAGUGGCACUACUACCAUCUUGGAAAAAAGGAAACUGCGAAAGAAAUCAUUGAAGAAGUUGAUGAUGAAUUACACAAAAUUGUGUUCAAAGUGAUUGAAGGAGAUAUCUUGGAGGUGUAUGAUUCCUUGAGCUUCAUCCUUACGACAAAAGAGGUGGGCGAUAAGAAGUUUGUUACCUUGACUAUAGAAUUCGAGAAGGCCAAUGCAAGUAUACCGGAUCCAACAUCGUAUCUGGAUUUGGUUUGUGGACUACUUGCAAAUGUAGGUGCUCAUUUUGUCAAGUACCCAUGAUGUCGUCGAUAUAUUCACUAAAUAAAUGUCGCUCACAUUAUGCAUGUAUAUCAGCUCCAACAGCGACUUGCUUGGUAAUAAUAGAUUAAAGGGAAGUGAUUGUUUAAUAAAUAAAUGUCAGCUGCUGUGUUUAUAAAUAUUGAUGCUUGUGAAAAUAUAUAUAUGUAUUAAUUUGUAUUGUAAAUGUAAACUAGCAUGGUGUUAUGGUGUAUUUCAAUUGCUUGUGUGGGAAUUGUUUCAUCGUUUGCUUGAUUUUUGAAACUAAAACUUACUUUUGAUAGUCACGUUUUGUGUUUAUGUUUUUUUUAUAAGUUUAAGACUUCCAAAUAGUUUAAGUAACGUGUAAAACUAUGGAAUG